AUGGAUCUUCACUUUCUUAUUGCCUCACCCUUUCAAUUUUAUCUCAUCAUUGCAGGUUCGUCAGUGAUUACCACCUGCCUUCUCCACCUCCUCCUCCUCCUUCGAUUGUCCACUGCGUCAUUAGCCUCUGAGGAUGUGGAGUUCUUGCCUGGAGUGCCUGUCAAGUCCAAUGUGUUGCUGGAGGGGGAUGCGGAGGAUGAGACUGAAGGGAGAGAGGAGGAAGUGCUUGCCUGCAUCAAAGAAAACAUUCACUCUUCUCUGAUCCAGGCAAUGAUCAUAAUGGAGAAGAUUGAUGAUUUCAAGGAUGAUUAUACGCUGGCCAAGUUUGAAAGAUCGUGGACAGAGUGCGACAGCAUCUUCCCCAAGGACUGGGACGAUAAUGUCCUGGAGGUGUGCAGCGUGGACCAAACCUGCUCCACAGUGCUUCCUUCCCUACCGACCACCUCCGCGCCUCCACCCGCCACAGACACCGAAGUCGCGCAGAUGCUUGACGAGAUAUUCGGUAACAUCCUCCGUUUCCUUUUCGCUUUCGAGCAAAUGGUGAUCGAGCAAGGGAUGAGGGAGGAUAUAUUCGCCAAGCAGAUGUUCGACGCCUAUACUAACCAUGAAGUGCUGGCGAAGCGUCUGGAGGAGGUGCAUGUAAGGUGUGGGCUGCAACCAAACACAUCAGCUCUGGAGCCGCUUCACGGAAAGAUGUACGUGGACACCAGUGAAACUCAGGCUCACAUCAGGGGUUUCAGUACCCUUCGACAAAGUCUCCAAGGGCUUCAGCUUCUGUUGGAUAUGUUCUUGGAGGAGAAGGCUAACAUAAGGAGGAUCAAGGAGGAUGAAGAGGAUGAACAGGACGAAGAAGAAAGGCGGGAUAGAAGGAGUAGGAUGAGGAUGAGGAGGAGGAGGGGGAGAAAUAAUAGCCGUGAAAAAAAGAAUAGGAAAAACAGGAAGGAAAGUAAGAACAAGAGGAGGAAGAAUUAUCUUGACUGAAUGGAUGAAUAAGACAUAUAGAGACUUUCUGAUUGGACUGAUUACUGCUGACGAGGGAUAACCAAGCACGUACACACACACACACACACACACACACACACACACACACACACACACACACACACACACACACACACACACACACACACACA